AUGGGCGGCUUUGCCGCUAGCAGGGAGAGGAGAGCGGGCCGCCAGCUCUUCCGGGGCAGAACUACAUUUCCCAUCACCUUUGGCCGCCGGCCAAUUUCCCUUCCUCGCUGGGCUGAGCGCACGCCUGAGCCUGGAGUGGCGUGCCGUACAGCUCUCGGCGGUCGCAGCAACUUUUCCGCGCCAUCGUUUGUUGCGGGCGGCGGCAGCAAGCAGCAGCGACUGCACCUUCGGUCGCGGGCCCUUUCGGACUCGCUGGGCAGAGAAAUCGGCGGUCGGGCGGGCUCCCCCAGCGCGAGUGCCGGCGGUGGUGGAGAGUGCGGAGGCCAUACCGCGGGCUGCUACUGGGGCGGUCCUGGCGGGCGGGCGGGAGUGUCGCUGUCGCCGCGACUGGAGAAGCCGAUUAAGCAGGCCUUCUACAACACUGGGGCGCUGCUGUUCGCGGGGGCUGUGCUGUGCGGGGGGGGGCACGCCGUCCUGGUUUACUUCAUUCUGGAGGCCUUUCUUCGGCCCUGCUGUGGGGCUGUGCUCUGCGGCACCUUCCUGCACCCCUUCAAGAGCUCCUUGACGGCAGUGGGCCGCCGCUGGCUCGGCCGCCUGCAGCGCUCUCGUACUCCCGUCCUGCUGGCUGCCCUCCUCCUCCCUAUCCUGCUUUGGCCAACUACGGGGUGGAAGCCCUGGGGCGAGCAGGUGUUGCGUCGGCGGCGGCUCCUGCUGCUCCUAGGUGCUGGAGGGCCGCUGCUCUACGGACUCUACUGCCUGGGCAGCUCCCUAGGCGUGCAGGUACUGCUGGCCCAAGCCGCCGGUCUGAUCUCAGGGCUGGACUACUUCAGCAGCCAGUGGAUAUGGACGUUGGUAGCUGGUUACCUGCUGAUGGUUUCAUUCAGGUGGAAUAUAAGCACUGAACGUUACUUAAAAGCAGUUUCUGUCCCUGUCUGGAUUAUGCUGCUCUUUCACUUAGCUUCGGUGGCAGGUUCCUGGAGAAUCCCUGUGUUUCUGGUUAUAGUUGUUCUAAUGACUGUAGGUGUGUUGCAUGAACAGCAGAAUGGGGAAGAGUCUUCUGGUGCAGAACUUCCUGGCCAGAUGAUUUCCAUUGCUGCUUCAACAAUUGCAAUGGCAAUUUCAAUGACAGAAGAUGAGUCCAAUAGUGAAUGUUCCUCACAACCCACAGUAUCCUGCCAGAUGUCCCCUGACCUGUUACUGCCGCUGCCUCUGGAAAAUUCAGCAUCUCCAACAGGAGCAACAGAAGGCGAUCAGCCUCCAUGUGCUUCAGCAUCUUUCUCCUCUUCAUCCUCUUCUGGGAGCAGACAAAGACCUGAGAUUGGAUCUUUUCUUAGAAAAAAGAAAACCAGUGAUGUUUAUUUUGUUGCACUUGUGUGGGCCAUUGUCGUUGUCCAGAUCUGUCUAAAUUUCUGGAUUGUGCAGCUACUGCCAGUGCCUUUUGCAGUUUGGGCACUUAAAAAACUUGUGAUCCAUUUUGGAGUUUUGAACUGCAUGGCAAACCAUUGCAAAAGAUGGUGGCAACUUGUUGAAAAUUUUGUGAAGGAACGUCAAGAAGCUCUUGCUCCACGGCCCAUCAGAGGACUUGGAAGAGUCGUGCUAAAGCUUGACAAUAAGCUGUGGCACUGGCUUAAUAAGAAGAUGAUCGUGUGGUUGGAGAAAAUGCUAGAUAAAAUAAUCAGCAUUUUCAUAAUAUUUUUGCUAGUGAUAGGAACGCUUCUACUGGCCCUGCUCCUUACUGCAAAGGUGCAUCAGGAGAGUGUUCACAUGAUUCAAGUCACAAGCAGCUUGAUCAAUGAGACAGUAGCCAGUCACCCAGAAUGGGCAAAUUGGCUUCCAGAAGCCCAGGUUAUUCAGAAGGCGCUCAAUUCAGCAGUUAAUAAUGUAUACCAAUAUGGUAGAGAAUGGAUUACACAUAAGCUGCACAAGAUUUUAGGGGAAAAAGUUAAUAACACAGCUGUGAUUGAAAAACAAGUGCUAGAGCUCUGGGACAGGCUUUAUCACUCUUGGUUUGUGAAGAAUGUAACACAUUCUGGAAGACAUAAAGGACACAAAUGGCACAUAAACCGUCAGAACAGCUGGCUUGGUGAUAUUCUGGACUGGCAAGAUGUUGCAUCAUUUGUUCAUGAUAACAUUGAAACAUUUCUUUCGAUCCUGGAAUCUCUCUGGAUAGUGAUGAGCCGCAAUGUGAGCCUCUUGUUUACUACAGUUACAACGUUAGUGACAAUCGUCUUCCAUAGUGGAACAGCUCUUCUGAAUUUUGUGCUUUCAGUGGUGAUUUUUCUGACCACACUGUUCUAUCUGUUGAGUUCCAGUGAUGAAUACUACAAGCCAGUAAAAUGGGUGAUAAGCCUCACACCUUUGUCUCAGCCAGGCCCCUCCUCAAAUAUAGUUGGCCAAUCUGUUGAGGAAGCAAUAAGAGGUGUGUUUGAUGCUUCUCUCAAAAUGGCUGGGUUCUAUGGACUCUACACUUGGCUGACUCACACUAUAUUUGGGAUUAACAUAGUCUUCAUACCAUCUGCAUUAGCAGCAAUCCUUGGAGCAGUGCCAUUUCUGGGGACAUAUUGGGCAGUCAUCCCUGCAGUCCUAGAUUUGUGGCUUGUGCAAGGGCAGGGAUGCAAAGCCAUUUUGCUCUUGAUUUUUCACCUCUUGCCAACCUAUUUUGUAGAUACAGCAAUUUAUUCUGAUAUAUCAGGAGGUGGUCAUCCUUACCUGACAGGUCUUGCAGUAGCUGGUGGAGCCUAUUACCUGGGACUGGAAGGAGCCAUCAUAGGACCUAUUUUACUUUGUGUACUGGUGGUUGCUUCCAACAUAUAUAGUGCCAUGUUGGUGAGUCCAACAAAUUCAGUGCCCACACCAUCACAAGCAUCAUGGCCAUUGCAGAUUUACCAGUCACCAAAAGAGAAUCCUGAGGACAUCAGAAUGACUGCAGAGUGAUGAAGGUGCUGUACUGCACCUAUUCAGCAUGAGGGAAUUGCUGUUUUCUGAGGUCACAAGAGCCAUGGCCAGCUUUACUUCAGGGCAGUGCACAGGAAAGCAUUCCUUCUCAAACAUCUGCAGGCCUUACCUUACUGUGCUCUUGGCUUCUUCAAGAGAGAAUAUCUACUUCCCAAGGCUUUCCAUCAUAAGACGUAGUUCAGCUACCUUGUUGAAGAUCUUGAAGAUCUGUCUUCAUAAGAAGAAUAAUUUAGAGAACAAGUAUAUGCACUGGAGUAAUUAUCUCAGCUGCUGAUAUUACUAACUUGGCUUUUGUUUAUUGGGUUAUUUGUGUGGGUAAUUGUAAAAAAAAUGUAAACCACCAAUUAUUAAAUAAAAGUAGAAUAUACUUA